CAGUCUCCCUCUUUCCUCCCACUUCUCGCGGGACUCGGAGCAACUUCGGGAUUUUCCGCUGCGCUGGGCUGGCAGGUGGCGGAGCUGAGGGGGCGGGGCAGAGCCCCCGGCGCUCGGCCGUGGGUGAAUAAUUCGUGUCCGUUCCUGCGGUAACGGUUUUUCUCUUUUGCCUGUUGCUGUGUGCGGGACCCACACAUAAAAGGAAACAAGAAAUAAUUGAAUACACAGAACACUGUCAACUACACAAGUUCUGCAGGUGAUGAAAACAUGGCAGCCAUUAAUGUUGGAAGGGAACAAGUCACUAGAGACCCAGAUCGCUGUGACAUCCCUUACUAUGUAGCUGAAUUUGUUGAAAGAGAAGUUGGAACUGACCUUAAUUGUCUAAGAAAACUUGGCAAACUUAUAGAGGAGCUAUCAGAAAAUAAAAAGCAAUUAGAGGAACAGGUACUUACAGUUUCAUCAGAAGUCCCCAAAAGAAUUCAGAAUGCCUUAAAGAAUGCGGAGGAUUCUAAGAAGUCUCUUAGUCAGCUCCUGGAGGAAGAAACUGUUUUAUUUGAUUCAAUUAAUAGCCACCUAUUGACAGCCCAGCCAUGGAUGGAGGAUCUUGGUGUACUGAUUAGUCAAAUAGAAGAAGUUGAACGACACCUUGCUUAUCUAAAAUGGAUUUCACAAAUAGAAGAGUUAAGUAAUAAUAUUCAGCAGUAUCUCAUGACCAACAAUGUGCCAGAGGCAGCUACUACUCUGGCAUCCAUGGCAGAAUUGGAUAUUAAGCUUCAGGAGUCGUCUUGUUCUCAUCUUCUUACUUUUGUGAGGUCUACUGUUAAGUUCUGGCAUAAAAUUCUUAAGGACAAACUGUCAAGUGAUUUUGAGGAAAUAUUAACUCACCUUCAUUGGCCAUUUGUUGGGCCACCACAGUCUCAGGUUUUUGGCCUUGCUGCACCGGCUAAUGUUCCAGAAAUAUAUAAUAAUUUGGAGACUCUGUUUUCUCAGCUUCUGAAAUUGCAAACAUCAGAUGAAUUACUAACUAAACCAAAACAACUGCCAGAGAAGUAUUCUCUGCCUCCCUCACCACCUAUUAUCCUUCCAAUGCAAAUCAUGCUGAACUCUCUUCAGAAAAGAUUCAAGUAUCAUUUUACUGGGAAUAGACAAACUAAUGUUUUAAGCAAGCCUGAGUGGUACCUAACCCAGGUACUCAUGUGGAUUGGAAAUCACGCAAAAUUCCUCGAUGAUAAAAUCCAGCCAAUAUUGGACAAGGCAGGCUCUUCAGUCAAUGCAAGGCUUGAAUUUUCCCGUGCUCUAGUAAUGCUGAUUUUGGAGAAGUUGGCUGCUGAUAUCCCUUGCCUAUUGUAUGACGAUAAUCUCUUUUGUCAUCUCGUGGAUGAGGUGCUUCUAUUUGAAAGAGAGCUAUACGCUACUCAUGGAUAUCUCAGCAGCUUUCCCAGUUGCAUGCAUAUUCUGUCAGAAGAAACCUGUUUUCAAAGGUGGCUAACUGUGGAAAGAAAAUUUGCUCUUCAAAAGAUGGACUCUAUACUUUCAUCUGAAGCUGCCUGGGUAUCGCAAUAUAAAGAUAUCACUGAUGUAGAUGAAAUGAAAGUCCCAGACUGUGCUGAAACUUUUACGACUCUGUUACAGGUUAUCACAGACAGGUAUAAGAAUCUUCCUACAGCAUCUAGAAAACUACAGUUCUUGGAGUUACAAAAAGACUUAGUUGAUGACUUCAGAAUCCGGUUAACUCAAGUUAUGAAGGAAGAGACUAGAGCUUCUUUAGCCUUCCGUUAUUGUGCCAUUCUUAAUGCUGUUAACUAUAUAGCAACAGUAUUAGCAGACUGGGCUGACAAUGUUUUCUUCUUGGAGCUUCAGCAGGCUGCGCUGGAGGUUUGUGCAGACAGUAAUGCUCUCAGUAAGCUACAGCUAGGACAGUUAGCUUGUAUGGAAAGCUCUGUCUUUGAUGACAUGAUUAACCUCCUAGAACGCCUAAAACAUGAUAUGUUGACCCGCCAAGUAGACCAUGUCUUCAGGGAGGUCAAAGAUGCUGCAAAACUGUACAAAAAGGAGAGGUGGUUAUCUUUGCCAUCCCAGGCAGAGCAGGCAGUAAUGUCCUUAUCCAGUACAGCUUGCCCACUGUUGUUGACAUUAAGAGAUCGUUUGCUGCAGUUAGAACAGCAGCUCUGUUACUCGCUGUUUAAAAUCUUCUGGCAAAUGCUUGCAGAGAAAGUGGAUAUGUUCAUCUAUCAAGAGGUAAUUCUGGCUAAUCACUUCAAUGAAGGAGGAGCAGCACAACUUCAGUUUGAUAUGACUAGGAAUCUUUUCCCUUUAUUUUCCCACUAUUGCAAAAGGCCAGAAAAUUAUUUCAAACAUAUAAAAGAAGCCUGCAUUAUCUUGAAUCUAAAUGUUGGCUCUGCCCUCCUUUUGAAAGAUGCACUACAUUCAGCCUCAGAAAAUGGAACCAUCUUGGAUCCGAACCAGCCCUCUGCUACCGCAGUGUUAAAUGAACUUGGAGUUUACAAAUUAGCUCAACAGGAUGUUGAGAUUUUACUUAAUUUGAGAACAAACUGGCCUAAUAUAGGAAAAUAAGUAAAGAUCUUCAAGGAAAAUGGUUAGAAGUAAAAUAUCUGUUCUAGGUUAUUUAUCUGAAUAAAAGUGAAGUCAAGCUAUUACAUUAGUAUACUUUUGUAUAUUUGUUUAAAAAAAAACACCCCAAACAAACCACUAGUACAUCUUUGUAAAAUGCUGACUUGAUCUAGCCUUAUGCCUUAAUCUUCUUAUAAUUCAGAUUAUAUGUUGUACAUAGCCAUUUUAAAACAGUUGAGAUACUGAACUGGUUUCUAAGCUGGUAUAGUUUAGUCAGAUCUGUUUUAAUCACAUUUAACUUUGCCUGUUUUGUAACUACCCCAGCCUAGAGGCCUGUAGAGCACAACAGGCUCAGAUCUAGAGUGGAGAAUGUGUUCCUUGUUGAAUAGUGAGUGAUCUGUUUAGUUGAUGGCUGUAAGGCGAUAAUGGUUAUGCUGAAGAAACUUUUAUGGUUUAGAGUAAUAUGGAGUAAACUCUGGGUAUAUAUGCUACUCAUUCAGUGGUAAACAUUCCAUUCAAAUUGGUGCUUUCUAAUUUUGGUAUAUGGACAGUUAUGUACAUAAAUUCCCACACAUGGACAUUACAUACUUGAAUGUGUGUGCAGGGGGUGUGGAAUGAGGUAAAAGCAUGUGUCCAUGUUCUAUUUUCUCUGCUCAUGCUAACUUUUAAAACUAAGUCCUGUUAUGGAAACUUCAGAAUUGUCUCUUCCUUGAAUGUCCAAAUCCUUUGUCCUCUUUAAAAUGUUCUGAACAGGCCUUGCAUACUUUGACUAGUAAACUUGUUUAAAAAUGCCA